AUGGGCCUGUGGUCCUUCAAGCCGGACGGGUCUGGAGGCGGUACCUGGGAUGUUGCAAUAAAAUCCACCGACUCUGCAUUUGAUGAUAUCACCCGUGGCUACAUAUCUCUCUUUGCUUACGGAGGCGGCAAAGGCCUCAUGCUUGGAGGGGCAUCAACGUCUCAAUCAAGCACAGAGACCGAGGACCUGGGCGAGACCAUCCUGCCCUUGAGCGGCAUGGUUGAUUUUAACAUGACAACAAAAUCACUGACUAACAAGACCGUGGAUAGACCGUACUUUCAUGGCAAAAUUGAAGAAGGGCGCAUGCAUUACGUUCCUGCUUUUGGGGAGUCGGGGAUAUUUGUGGUCAUGGGAGGAGCACCCGAGCAAUUCAAGGACGAAUCGGAAUCUUUCAGCUUCGACACUGUCUCGAUUUACGACCCGGAGUCUGACGAAUGGUGGGAUCAAUCCACUUCUGGCAACACCCCGGACGCGCGAAAGGGCUUUUGCCUCGCUGGUGUCUCCUCGGACAAUGGCACUUACGAAAUCUUCAUGUACGGAGGAUACCCGGGCACAACGGGAUCCGGCGCGGUGCCAUACGACCAGAUAUUCAUUCUCACACUUCCCGCAUUUCACUGGAUCCAAGUUGAUUACGUCGCUGCACAUCCUCGACAUGAGCAUACCUGCAAUGCAGUCGGCGGGAGCCAAAUUCUGACACUUGGCGGGUUCGAUUCAUCCACCACAGAUCAGAGCGGAUCGAACUACCAGAGUAUGCUCGACAGCGCGGAUCCCUUCAAGCAGGGCAUCGCAAUUUUCAACAUGACGAGUCUCGAGUUUGAAGAUCACUACUCGGCAAGCGCCCUGAACACUUCGGUGUACAAACCAUCGGAACUCGUGCAGUACUAUUAUUUGCAGAAGUAA